ACUUCGUCGAGUCUGAGCCGAAGACACACUCGGGUGUUUCCGUGAAUCCGAAGCGCAAACUCUCACCGCCAUUGGUUUAGAGCGGCACAUCCACCGGGAAAGAGAGGCGGGGGCUAGCUGUUGAAUGACGGCCGCUGCUCUAUUGACAGUUGAGAGAGCAAGAGACAGCCUCCGGGGGCAUACACGGGGCCUACACAUUUCUACAUUCCCACCGUGUAACAAUACCACAUGAAAGAGGAGGGGCGCUUAACCGUGUCGCUAAGCACCGCCGGGGGGAUGUGGCGGACUGUGGGACGGGACGACACGGUGCGGACACCGAGCGGACCUUUCUCACAGGUCUUCUCGUAGGGGAGACGGCUGAAGUAGCGUUAUGAUAGUCUGAUAGUCUGGUAGUCUGUUAGUCUGGUAGUCUGCAGGCGGCUCAUGGGCGCACGGUUAAAUCAGAAAUAGGCGGUGCCUGAUAAUUCCUGGAAAAAUACAGGAGGCUCCGAGCAGAAUGAGACAGUUAAGGUCUGCGGGUUUAGGGCUCGUUCACUGAAGUUGACGUGCUGACUUUGGCUGCAAACAGCGUGCAGGAGGGGGUCUAAGGAAGGGGUCUAAGGAGGGGGUUUAAGGUGGUCUAACAAGGUCUGAGGGGGUCUAACAAGGUCUGAGGGGGUCUGAGGAGGUCUACCAGUGAAGACCGUCCGUCUUGCACAUUUAGACAGAUAGCCAAUCAGGUCUGUUGUUCAGGUCGGUGCUCUUAUGUCAGUGACCUAUAUGUGAUGCAUGUGCGCCCCGCAGCAGCAGACGCAGCAGACAGCAUGGGGAUCAACGGAGGAGGAGGAGGAGGAGGAGGAGGAGAUGCUGUUGCUCCUCAGGAAGGAGGCUGCAGGAGAGACGGGGGUAAACCCGUGCAGGAGGACGGGUCCGUGCAGCUGAUCGAGGCCGGGUGCAAACCGGCCCCGUGCCCGGUGUCUGACUCCGAGUCCCCGGUUGUGCAGGUGGAGGACACCACCGGUCCCGGAGCUGCGUUCGUCCCACCUGAAGGAGGUUUCGGCUGGCUGGUGGUUUUCGCAGCCACCUGGUGCAACGGGUCCAUCUUCGGCAUUCAAAACGCCUUCGGGAUCCUGCACAUGAUGCUGAUGAAGGAGCACGCAGACCCAGACGACAAGACGUCUCAGUUCAAAGUGGCAUGGGUCGGGGCCCUGGCCAUGGGAAUGAUCUUCUUCUGUUCACCUGUGGUCAGCAUGUUCACAGACCGCUUCGGGUGUAGGAAGACUGCCGUCAGCGGGGCGUUGGUGGCUUUUAUAGGGCUGCUCAGUACAUCCUUUGCAAAUUCCCUGACCCUUCGCUAUUUCACAUAUGGCAUACUGUUUGGCUGUGGCUCCUCCUUCGCCUUCCAGCCCUCAUUGGUCAUCCUCGGCCACUACUUCCGCCAGCGCCUGGGCCUGGCCAACGGCGUGGUGACGGCCGGUGCCAGCCUCUUCUCCAUGGGCCUCCCGGUUUUCCUCAACAAGGUGGUGGAACCUUUGGGCCUCAGCAGGACCUUCCAGAUUCUCAGCCUCUUCAUGUUGGUCCAGGCCAUGCUGGCCCUACUGUUCAAACCUUUACUGCCUGCAGGAGGAGGCAUGGGACCCCCAGGCAUGGGUCAUAGCCCUGCCAAACCCCAAACUCAGCCAGAGGCCACUGCUCAGGAGGGAAGCAGGUGGAGCAGGCUUCUUGGUGGGUUCAGGAAGUACUUCAACCUGCGUGUGUUCCACAUCUUGACAUACCGGGUGUGGGCGUUUGGAGUAGCCACAGCUGUUCUGGGCUACUUUGUGCCGUAUGUCCAUCUGAUAAAUUUUGUGAAGGAGCAGUUCAAGGGGACCCAGAAGGAAUGGGUACUACUGGUAUGCAUAGGAGCAUCAUCUGGGGUGGGACGCCUCGCUUUCGGCAAAAUCGGAGACCUCAUUCCUGGUGUUCAAAAGAUCUACAUGCAGGUGGUGUCCUUCAUGGCUCUGGGCCUGAUGUCCAUGAUGAUCCCUCAGUGCAUGGUGUUCGAGGGGCUGGUGGUCGUCUGCGUGUUCUUGGGGCUGUGUGAUGGCUGCUUCCUCACCAUGAUGGCUCCCAUAGUCUUCGAGCUGGUCGGGCCCAUGCAGGCCUCGCAGGCCAUAGGCUACCUUCUUGGCCUUAUGUCUCUUCCCAUGACUGCAGGUCCACCCAUUGCUGGUCUCCUACACGAUUACUUUGGGAACUACACGGUGGCCUUCUCCCUGGCUGGGGUGCCUCCUAUAGUUGGGGGCGUGGUGCUGUUCUUUGUGCCCCUGAUACACCGCAGGCUCCAGGCAGCGGCAUCACCGGAGGAGACGUCCACGACUGCCCACAUGCUGCCCACCACAACACCAGCGGGGGAGCCCAAGAGCUGCUCCAACGGAGACAUCCUGCCCGGCUACACUGACGUAGAGACACACAUCUGAGUCGCAAUGUACAAAGGGAUUCAGCCCACCAGCACCUUUUCUCACCCUUAGAUUUCCCUCCUCUCAGCCAUGGACUUCCUGUCGGCUGACGUUUCACUCUCUCACCCUCCUGGACUCUCAUGGGCUGUUUGUUAUUUUCACGUGGAGAGAAAUCGAAAAGGGCGCUCUGGCUACAAAGCUACAGAGAGGACGAAAAGAAGGCACAUCAGCGUAGGAUGAUGGGAAUGUAUGAAGGAGGAUAAGCACAACACAGUCUCAACAAGGAUUGUUUUAUCUGUGGGGACUCUGUAGUUACACAUACCUCCAAGAGGAAAGAAAUGAAGAGAUUUUAGCUGACUGAUUUCACAGCAUUCAUCGUGCUGCUUUAGCUUUUUGAAGCUCUAAAAAAUACUAUGCUUUGUUUCUAGAUUCCAUAUAAACACGUUGUUAGGAUAACAGGCAUAUAAAAUAAGAAAUAGUGAGGUUUUUAAAUUUUUAUUUAGUACCUCAUAAAUCUAAUCUAAUUUUUUUUAACACAAUGGAUUUUAUUUAGUUUGUGUAGCUGAACCACAAUCUAAUUUUGAGUGAUUUGGUUUAUUUUAUUCUGCUGUGACAGCUACAAGAGAAAACCAUGCGUCUGUUGUAAAUGUCACAGGAUGAAACAGACAAUUCUUCUGAGAGAUCAGCCACCAGUCACAAUCACCUCAGCUCAACCCGCACACUGUAAUCACACCAAGGGUCCAAAAUACUUCAGCAAAAUGUCUUCAACUACUCUACAAGCCAGCCUGCAUGGGACACAGAUGUUUGAUUGUGGCAGCUGUUGAUUCCCACUGAUUCACAUGCCAUGAACACUAGAGAGUUUUUUAACGCUUUGAAUUUAGGUCAGUGACUAUGCAGCUUGUGGCAGGUUAACUUUUGGGGUCAGAAAGGGGGUGAGUCGUGAAAGCUGUGCAUCUGCUGCCUGAAUUCAUGAAGCACUACAGUUGAUGCAUGGUCUUUUCACAGCCUUCAAUCUCAGCAUUUGUUUUUUUUUUCAAUCAUCACAUUCUACAGUUAUUAUUAGCCAUGGAAGUUUAAACAGGGUGCUAGAUAAAUCUGCAUAAACUGUGUUUCUUAUGGCUUUGAAAAAUAAUUCUAAGUAGUUUUUUGUAGUAUGAACACUUUAGGAGUGGAAAGACUUUGAAUCAUGCAGUCAAAGCAGUCGGUUGCAUCGAAUUUUUAUCAACUUCAGACUUGUAUAAUUUUAUUCUGAAUGUGUGUUGUGCUUCUGCACUUAUGACAGUAGAAGCAGUUACUACGUUACAAUAUGUUAAUAAGAGGGGGCUACUGAGAUUAACGCUGCCAAAUGGCCUGAGCCCUCAUCAGGCCAUCUCACGGAUAAUCCCAUCAAUCUGCUGCUUAAGUUUAGCUUUGUGUCAUGAGGCCGUCACUCACUGUGUUGGCAGUAAUGGAACAAAAGGGUCACGGCCUCAUUGAGACUUUCCCUCAAGAGGACAGUUUGCAGUUAUUAUGUUCCUGAAACGUUUGGACCACUUACCUCUGCACUCUUUGAUUACAAGUUCUCUUGAACCAUGAGUUUUAAUGAACAGAUGUGAAGUAGAGCUGCAAUAAUGGACUGUUUGAGUUACACUGUGGUUACAUGCAUAACUGAGUAGCAGGGAGGGGAAUUAGUACACAGUGAGGAAGGAAAUGCCCCGGUGUUAAGGUGGUAACCUGUUCCUUUCUGUCAAUUCCUCUUUUUGCCGUCACUGCCAAUACUCGGUCAGCUUCUGUGUUACAACACUUCAGAGCCUAAAAGCUACACAAACCUCAUUGCUGAGUGUAGUUUUUUUGGGGGGGGUUAUGCUAUUGGACAAACAAUUCUGAAUAGGAAACAUACAUCUAUACCUCAGUAAUCAAACAAUCCUCAGCAAUUUAGAUGAACAACUUAUUCAUUACUUUAUAAUUUCACUCUUCUGGUGUGUUUUUUUUGUUGGAAUUUGAAUCAGCCACAAAGCUGCCAAACGCCUGUUUUCAGUCUCCAUGGCUUCCUCCGAAACCUCAUUAGUGUCUGUUUAGUAACCACAAAACUGUACUGGAAAUGUCAAACUUCCAUUCCCUAUAAUCCAACAGUUGGUGUGUAACUCAUUUAGAGAUUUAUCCUUCCCAUUUAUUUUGCCUUCAUAUCCACUUGCUCCUUUGUUCUUGAGCCUCACCAUUCCUGCUCUCUCUCACCUCUACCUCCACAUCAUUAGCCUCUCUUUAUCACAGCCUCAUUUCUCUGGCUGUCUUUGAAGAAAUGCAGUUAUACAAAUGUCUAAUAUCCUUAACUUAAGUUAAAGAGACACUAAACCGUAAGCAGUGGGGAACCAUAUAAUGGUUCAAGCGUGCUUGAAAGCAAGAACACAUGGGCCUCUAGUUUGACUGAGGUAGUGUUACAUUUUAUUGGCAGUGCAAGUUGUUGACAGCAACAAAAACAAAAGGUAGAGGUAAUUUUAAAAAGUACCGCUGCCUUGUUGUCUACGUACCAGAGAUGUAAGCUAACAAGUAUCAUAAAUCACUUGAACAUGAAGCUCCUGAACACUGUGCUCAAUUAAAUCUUAAAAAUAAAGACACCUUCUCUUUUUACUGGCUUAUUUUACUUGGAAGUGUUGUAUUUAACCGAAUCAAUAUGCUCCUGCCUGAUCAUUUUUGGUUAACUGUGUCAUUUAUUUAAUUUACUUAUUAAACCUGUGUGUUAUGAAGGUUGCAGGAGAUUCUCUUUAGACAAACUGUGUAACUGUAUGAAAAGUCUGAAAAUAUCUCAAAACCCGAUUAGCUCUAAUUGGACAGAAUCCAUCCACAAUGUAAAGAUGAUGUUUUUACAAAAAUAAAAAAGAGGCAACAUUUGAUGAAUCACUUCAUAUUUUAACUUGAAAUUCUUUUACUUCUCAACUGGGAAAAAAAACGUGGCCAGUUACUUAGAAGUUGCACUUAUUUACUGCUUUCAAACUAGAGGCCUGUUUGACUAAAGUCCACUAUGUGGCAAAUAAAUGAGGGCAUGAAAACUAAAGCAGAGGACUUUCCCUCUGGUGGCCAUAUUGGAGGACCUAAACCUUUUGGUUAACGACCUGCUUAAGGCAUAUUGUGUUUGUAUCCGUCUUAACAACGUUGACAAAAAAUGUUUUUAAAUGUGAAUUCAUGUUUUUUCCCCAUUUUUUUGUGUUUAAUAUGUCGUCACCUUGUAAGCAAGCAGCUUAUCAUCAAUGUUGUUUUUCUAAAAAACAAAACAAGGACUAGAAGCAAGACCUUUGAUCAGAGUUGCUAGGUUUGAGAUUAUAAAGUGAACUUUCCAGAACUUGACGUGACUUUUGACUCAUUCUUUUUGUUUUGUUUUCGUAUAGUCAUUGUUAAUUCUCUUUCUUUUCUUAAUGGCCAUGUGAGUCAGACUCACCCAGUUUCUGGUCAGAAGCGCCGGUGUGCUCCUUUUUAUUAGUAGAUUGGUAGAGAAAACUGACAUUUAUGUACCAACAUAUGUACUUUAUACUGUAUACUUUGUAAUGGUUAUUAAUUAACCGGGAACUGUUUUUAUUUUUUUAUUUGUUGGUGUUUUUAGUGAUUCACUUCAGUGACUAAUGGAAAUCCGUUUUUCUGUUCAGAUUUGAAAUGAUGUAUAAAAAUGAGGGAGCCUAAUGAAAAGAAUGAAGAAUGAUACAGUGUAGCUGGAUGGUUACACGGUAUCUAUGGAACCAGUGUUUGGCUUUCCAAAGCGUUUUUGGCUAUGCAGCGUCGCUGGGCUCGCUGUCAACCUUCAGUGACCACUUCACUCUCUGUAAUCACGUCAAACUCUCAACAAUGAAUGGGCUACAUAUUUACAUUUGUCUCCUGUAGCUUGCAGUAGCUUCAGGACUAAACCUACAGUAGAGCCCCUUCCUUACCUAAACUAUAAACUACUAACACUACUACUUAAUGCUUUUUAGACUUUUGUAUAAUAAGAAAGUUUUCAUUGGACUAACAGCUGUUUUGCCUGACAGUCAAAACAUGACAUUUCUCUCUUUUCUUUUUAUUCUGGUGCUUGCCUGUGGUAUGCCGGUCAGAGCUACAGAGAGGCUCAUUCAGGCUCUCUUUGGUCUCUUGGUUGUUACAUUCUUCCAAGAUCGGUGCAAAACAGGUCAAAUGAACAAGAAUCAAAAUGUGUCAUAUUUACUUAGUCCGUUUGUAAAGUUAUUCUGCUAUGACUUUAUUUAAUUUAGCAUUUGCUUAAAUUUACUGCUGCUCAGAGGCCUCUCAGUCUCACCUCAGUAGACUUUACUCUGGCAGGUGAAACAACUCAAACACUACUGCAACAUUGAGCCUUCUACUCUGCAACGUGCCAAACCUUAACCUCUUGCGUGCUGUUUAACUGCUUUGCUUUGCCCUCCGCCUGAAACCGUACAAGCAAUAUAUGGAACAGGAUAGCUGAAGGUCCAUACUUCAUGUCAUGAUGUAUAGAUUUGCUAAAAGUCCAACACCUCAUAUACUGCCAUGGACAACCUCCAGCAAGAAUACCCCUCAUCAUUUUUAUUCUUUGUAAAGGGAAGCUUUUAAGGCUUUUGACCACACCUAAAUAAUGUCUUUACAUGCGCCAUAUGUUCUAGAAACACUGUUGUGUGUGCAUAUGUUUCAUUGUCUUGACUGUAGGCAUCAUGUUUUCACAUCUAUAAAUACUCCCAACUAUUUCUGGUGAUGUAUAUUUCUGUAUGGUGCCAUGGCAACACUUGGCGCAGGCCUUCCCCCCGCCUUACAUGACAAAUUAUUAGUGAUGGUUCGGUGCCAGGCUCUGCUAAAGUUUUCCCUUCUCUGAACCUCUAAUGUUGCUGCAUUUAAACCUCAACUGCCUCUCUUCACAUAUUAGAGCUGUCCCCUGUUCUCCCUACACAAGCUUUACCUUUUUAUAUAAAUACAUAUUUCUGUUUUAGUCGUUUUACAAAAUGUUCUAACAAGGCCAGUGAGGCCACAAGAUCUGAUAUUAAAUAAUGCUGCUAGAAAAAUUAAGGAUUUUUUUUGUGUUUUUUUAAAGUAAUUUUUAAUCUGUAUCAAAAGAGACACAUUUUUCUAUUAAACCAACAAUAAAGAUGUAAUAUGAAAACUACUCAUGCUGUCAUUGCCAGUCGCUUUCAUUGUUCGAG